CGGUAUAAGUAUAACAAUAACAAAUAGAGGGAAGUUAACGCAAUUUCAUUAUUUUGGAUCGGAGUGAGCGCGUGAGGAGACUUGCUUGGACUGAAAAAUCUCUGCGGGGUUUUGAGAUCUCUUAUGCUCCGUUUUCUCUCAUGGAUCCCAACCAGCCUGUAACUGAAAACUACGCCAAUCCGAAGACAUGCUUCUUUCAUGUUCUCUUCAAGGCUGCAGCCUUGGCAUUUUACAUACUCUCGGCCCUCUUUAUUGAUAACUUUGUCAUCAUUUUUGUGGUGACUGUCCUUCUUGCUGCCCUUGAUUUCUGGGUAGUAAAAAAUGUGAGUGGGCGGAUUUUGGUUGGUUUGAGAUGGUGGAAUGAAAUAAAUGAUCUGGGUGAGAGUGUUUGGAAAUUUGAAUGUCUUGACCAAGAGUCAUUGGCUCGGAUGAACAAGAAAGAUUCGUGGCUUUUCUGGUGGACCCUUUACCUUACAGCAGUUGCAUGGAUUGUGUUGGGAAUCUUCUCACUCAUAAGGCUUCAAGCUGAUUAUCUCCUUGUCAUAGGAGUUUGUGUGACUUUGAGCAUUGCAAAUAUUGUUGGUUUUACCAAAUGCAAAAAAGAUGCCAAGAAGCAGUUUCAACAAUUUGCUUCUCAGACACUUGCCUCUCGGUUCUCAUCUACAUUAUCGUCAGCAUUCAGUGUUGUUUGAUGAUCAAAGAUGGAAAUGCAAACUGAUCCCUGCAAUAUUUGAAGUAUUGAGAUGCGUUGGAGGUAUGUGCAUUGUUAUUAUUUCGGCCAGCAUCGGAUUUUAUUCUGAGUGACUAUGGAACUUGCUUAGUAACUGAUACAGGAAAUGCAAAAUUUUGUACCUUUUAUAUGAAUUGGAUAAUGAUUAUCAAAUUACAGUGUAAAAGAGUACUUAUAGUUGUA